AAUUAUAUAAAUUAAAGGUCUGUAAUCAUGUAAUUUCAUCAAAGCAAUUUGAGAGUGAGCUAGUCUUUCUUUUCUUAAACAGUUGUCUUUUUAAUUUGGUCACAAAAAUGUAUGUGACAAGGCCUCUGUCUGUGUGUAGAAGAUCUCCUCAAUCACUGUCUCUACCGCCACCGGAGGGGCCAAAUUCUGGUUAUCUUGUGCUCCAUGAUGACGAUUCAGUUGAGAUAAACUGUUGCGGAUGCGAAGAUGACAGCGUCAACGGCCUGCCUUUCCCUCAGAACAAGGAUCUAAGAGUUGGAUAUGGCUCAAAUGGCGAUGAUGUUGCAUUCAUUCCCGUGCUUAAUCAGCCCUUGUCUUCCAAUCGUUACCAUGUCAUACUUCGAACAGUUCGCCAUAAGGGGGAAGCAUGCACAAACACGAGGGAAGAGGACACGUAUAUUGGCUGUUGCGGAUGUAAAAAUAUUCCAGAUGCUAAACCAAAGCCGUUGGAUCCGUCAGACAUAUAUCAACAAAUUGAGAUAGUUCAAAGGGGGAGCGACCGCAGUCAGUUUUUUGCCAAGUCUGUUGAUCCAGAUGGUUUUCCUCCUUACUUCUUGAGAAGGAAAGGGUGGCGCGUGACAAUGAGCAAGCCGCGUCGUUACCGAUUAGGUGAAGCCUCGGGACUCAACUCCUCGCUACGAGCAAGCCUUCCCGGGUUUGAGUUUCCAUUAUCACAUGAUUGCUCUGAAGUAGUGUGUGUUGGCAAGUGGUAUUGUCCUUUCAUGCUUGUCAAGGAAGGAGGGGUGAAGUUGAAGGACCAAAUGAAAUAUUCUAUGUACUACGAAAUUAAACUUGAGCAAAGAUGGGAAAAGAUUUUCGACACGGUUAAUGAGAACGCUGAAAGCAAAAAAAAUCCUGCUGUGUUUGUGGAUGCUUUUGUUCAAAGGGAGGUGGUCUUUGUGGGUGGAAAUGAGGCUGUUUGGGAUGAAAGAAAUGAGGAUCCGGGUGCGGGUGAUAUGUUCAUGUGGUUUAAAAGUUUUGAUGGCGCGGGACGAGAAACAAGUGUGGCAUUGAGCAUGAAAGUCGUAGAGAGAGUGAAAUGGGAGCAAGAAAGAGUUGGAUGGGUUGGCGGGGAUGAAAGGAAAGUGAGGGUGGAGAGAGUGGAAGAGUUUGGGGGGACGGCUGGUGGCGGGUGGAAGAGAUUUAGUUGUUAUGUGUUGGUAGAGAGGUUUGUACUGAAGAGAAUGUCUACGACUGGAAGCGCAGCGGUACUACUCGCAUAUGAUUUCAAGCACACUCACCAGAUUAGGAGCAAAUGGGAAUGACAAAAAUUUGUUUGCUCCAUGACUGGAAAGAACAACGGGAAGUUUGCUACAUAUACUGUUCAUUAUAUUUGGUAUCGAAAAUCCACUUUGUCCUCUUUUAUAAUGUUUCUGGACAAAAUCAUGAGCAGUGUGUAAAUAAGGAGUGUUCCCAUUACAAUGUCUUCAAUCUCAUGUCUUGCGCAAAAGUCAGACUUAAUUAGUUCAAGAACAAUUAAUGGAAUUUUAUUUGAUUUAUUCAGCCAAA